CGCACACCUCGAGGGGCCCAGGGGAUUCAACAGUUAAAAAAGAGUGCCACAGGGUCGUGUGCGGGGCAUCGUUUAUCCUGAGGGAGCGACACCUUUCCAGAAGGUGUUCUCGACGUUUCUGAAACACAUGACGAAGACUGCUAGUGGAUAAGAAAAGGACGUUUUGUUGCAUGGCGGAGACUAUGUGCGGCUGUAUCUCGACACUACAGAGAAGUACCUCAAGAAAUUCCAGGAACCUUGUCCCUGUGUUUCUUAUUAUAAUAAUAUUAUCAGUCUACCUUCUUGAUCCCCAAGUAGCAUAUAACCAGAUCCAAAGUUCAUCCCGCUCAGUCAUGCCACAGCUGGGCCUCCACGCGGAGUCACAGCCGCACGACGAUGUACACCAGGUGUUCCGCGAGCGUCGGCUGCACCUACAGGAAAGCUGUCUUCGCCUCAACCUGCAAAACAGGUUCCUCUCUCUGCCGUGGCGCCUUCACCUCACAUUCAGAGCUCCAGGGCCGCUCAGUGUGUGCGUGCCGUUCAAGGUAGGCUCGACGUCGUGGCGCGAACUGAACAACCGACUGAAGGAACAAAAUUUCCCUAACCUUCACCAAGCUUCCGCCAUCAUGGUCAGGCAUCCGCUAUCCCGGCUGGCAUCCGCAUACAGAGACCGAUUCCUGAACGGCCAGGCCAUCAGCGACUCGAACGAAAGUUGGAAGCAGAGAACGGGUCCGGAGGCAAAGUGGAAUUACUACUGGUACGGCUACUGGCUGCCGGCGCUGAUCUCCUCGGGGCGCGUGGCUGCGUCGUCGAACUUCGAGGAAAUGCUGCGCCAAAACCUGGAGGUGUUCGAUUUUAUAAGCAGACAUCACGUGGUGAAGGACGACCACGUGGAGAUCACGAAGGAGAACGACUUCAGCGACCAGGAUAAAUUUGUUGGCUCUUAUAUGAUCGUCGUGGGAAGGCAAAUGGGGCUGCGAGACGCCGUCUCCUUUGCCUACAAGGACAUGGAGGAGCAGCUGAAGACCCGCUACGGAAAUGUUUCAUUUUCGUUCAACGAAUUUUUGGAGUUCGUCGUUUGGACGAACGAUCUAGGCGUUCUGGACAGCCAUUGGACGCCCUACACGGAGCUGUGCGUCCCCUGCAAACAAAACUACCAGUACAUCCUUCACCUGGAGACAAUUGCCCAGGAGUCCGAGGUCCUUCUGCAAGACGUAGGAUACCCGAAAGAGUUCCGGCUUCCCGCCAAACACAGGACAAAGGAACACACGAACGUAACUUACGUUGAUGACCUCGCUUACUUUAAAAACGUUCCUAAAGAUUUGAUUGAGAAAAUUCUCAAAAUUUAUGAAUAUGACUUUGAUGUUUUCGGAUAUAAGCGAAAUGAACUGCCGUGAGUGAAUUUAUGUACAGUUUUAUAAUAAAACAAGUGGA